ACCGUGUAUGGCUAGAGCAAUUUAUACCAUCUCUCGACUAAUUCCACCUUAUUUUCUUGUUCUUCAUUCCGUGUUUCGUUUUCUCACACUGGCAGGGAGAUUUGUCAGUUCAGUCAGAUAACGAUUUCACAGUUGGGGAUUUCGUUUAGAAGCUUCUUAAACACGUUAAAGACGACCUUUUAGCACACACAGAUGUGGAGAGGAGAAGAAGAAAAAGGUGGAUCAUAGACUUUUCGUUUAACGACAAGAGUGUCUCGAAUUGCUUCGUCUCUCUCUUUCCUGCUAGAUACUUGGUGGUUUGAGCCCAAGCAUCAGUUAGUUGCAGGUAGAUAAUUGGUGGGUCAUGAUGAAUACUAAAGUUCGACUGGUCAGAUGUCCUAGAUGCCAGAAGGUUCUUCCAGAGAUGGCAGAGGUUCCGGUUUACAAGUGUGGAGGAUGUGGCGCGAUCCUACAAGCUAAAAAACGGAGAAAUGAAACCAGAGAGACAGGAUCACAGUUGCAUGAAGCAGGCCAUACCCCGAAAAAUGAACUGGAUCGUGUUUCUGAAGAGAAAGAAGCUAGCAGAUCAAAUGGACAAACCACUCUUCCUUCCACGGGAGAAUAUUCACCAGAUGAAACCAGUGAGACAAAUCAAUAUAAAUUUGAAGAUUUCAAAAGGGAGCAACCAGGAGUUAGGAACUUUUCCAAUGAACUUUCUAGCUCAUCUGAGCUUAUUUGUAAGAAUAAAGAGUUGUUAAGAGAAGAUGGAGUACAUAUGGACAUGGAUGAAGAUAAAUGUCCCUUGGAUCAAUUCAAUUCAAUAGAUCAAAAUAAAUCUGGAGACUGCAAUGGAGAGCGACCUGGAGGAAGAAGCUCUCCCUACUUAGUUCCUGGAUCAACUGAGCUUAAGUAUUUUGAGAAUGGGGAGUCAUCCCCAGAAUCCAUAGCACAUACAGAAUUGGAUGAAGAUGAAUGUGGUUUGGACCAAUGCAGCAGAAUGCAUCAAAAUGAAGGAGAUUGUAUUGGGGAGAGGACUGGCGGCAUACAAUUUUAUAGUGAAGUCCCUUCAUCAACCGAGCUUAAUCAUCAGGAAUUGUCAUCAACAGGAGUAGGAGUACAAGCAGAAGUGGAUGAAAGUAAAUAUUUUUUGGAUCAUAAUAAUGGACAUCAUCUAAAUAAAUGUAAACAUUGCAAUGGGGAGGAGCCAGGAAAUAUGAAUGGUUCCAAGGAACUUUCUUCAUCUUCUGAGAUUGUGUGCUCUUCAUCUUCUGAGAUUUUGUGCAAUAAGACAGAAGGGCAAUCUAGAGGGGCUGACAUGGCUGUGGAUGGAGCAGGUGUAGAAGUGGAAGUUUGUUCAUCUGCGGAGUUUACCUGUCAUGAGAUAGAAGAGCAAUCUGUGGCUGACAUGGCUGUAGGUGGAACAGAAGUUGAGAUGGAUGAGGAUUUUAAGAGUCGUUUCAUCUUUAGAAGCUCAAGUGCAGAAAACUUUCUGUCUGCAAGGUCAAGGUACUCAAUCUCUACUGCUCAAAGGGCAUUGGAUGCCAGCAUUUCAUCAGAUGAUCUUACUUCUCCUCCCAAAAAGGACUUGGAGCUAUCUCAGGAAAGCACUCUCCAGGGUUUCAACCGAGUAAGCUCUGUAGACACAUUGGAAGGUCUACCACUUGUCAACCCCAUCUCUGAGGUUAGUGCUAAACUUAUAGAUAUGUAUAGAUCUCCAACAUGCAGAAGCUAUUAUGCUUAUGAUGGUAGUGUGUCUUCUUUUGAUGGAACUGACGAUCAAGUCCCUGACCGACAUCUUUACAUAUCUAAGAGGAAUCCUAAGGAGGCAGACUUUGUCAGCACUAAUGGAUUGCUCAGGCGAAAUGAAUAUAGGGUGAAUGAUGCAAUGGAUAGUGAGUUAGAAGUGCAACAUGCCUCAUCAAUUACGUCAGGGAAGAAGCAUCAUGCCAUGAAAGGCACCCAGUGGCGUCAAGAUGAGUUGCCGCUACCCACAGGACAGAGCCAACCAUUUAGAGGGAGGAGGAGAUUGGAAACAGAUGAGCAUCUAUCUAGCAUGCCUUUCUAUUCAACGGGUUCCCCAUCCGGCCACGGAAGUGGCAGCCCAUUAUGGCACGGGCACAAGGAAUUCCAAAACCAUUCUAACUAUCAUUCACCUGACAAACCUGGGUACCCUGAACCAGACAAAAUGGAGCUGCUGAGAAUGGUUUAUGAACUCAAAGAUCAGCUCGACAAAACAAAUGUUACAAAAACAAAGGCAUAUAGAAGGUUCCCUGAUGAAAUUAAUAGGAUGGAGAAGCAGAUUCCCUCGUACUACAAUCACUUGGCGUCAGAGGGGGGAAUAUAUCAUGAGUUAAACUAUCCUGGGUAUCCUGGAAGAUACAUGCAAGGUAAAAACUUGGCAGAACGGUGUCAAAUCUCACGAAUGGCUUUCUUGGGGGAGGCGACACACCAAAUUGAUUGCUCCUGUCUACAUUGCUGUCCCCAAGACUGGCAUUCAGUGCCUCCACAUGCCAUUUGCUGUCAAAAAGAGCAUACAUCUCACCUCAGCCAUAAUUGUUACAAUCCCUACUAUUCUCAUCCCUCAAGUCCCCUGCAUUAUAUUGGCUCUGAGUUUUCUUUGUCAAGCCAUGAUAUAAUGUCCGACAAUCAGCAGCAUAUAGAUCGUGAGGUGAAAAUGUUGUAUCAGAGGGAGAAACACCAUUCGAUGAAGCGACAUUUCCGGCCCAUUGCAGGUGGAGCUCCUGUGAUUGCUUGUUACCAUUGCUUGGAACUGCUGCAGCUUCCUGCAGAUUAUCUGAUCUCCAGACGGAGAUGCCAUCGGCUGAGGUGCAACGCUUGUUCAGAGGUAUUAAUAUUUUCUCUUGAAAAUAGAACUCAUCUAGUUCCAUACAAUCCUGGAGCUAUAGCCCCUCCACCCAGUGAGAUUGAUGACUAUAGUGAUGCUAUCAACAAGAGGAAUGUGGCCUCCGCAUCUGGUGCCAAUGGUCGUCCACAUGCUGAACCUGUCUCAUGCUCUGAUGACUUUGGACAAUCUUUCUGUAAAAGUUGUUCUACUGAAGAGGAUCCUUCCUCCCUACUUUCUCCAUUUCACGCCCUUGAAAGGAAUUCUAAUGAUAAAAAUAUGUCAUCUGGUAUUUCUUUCGAUCCCAAGGAAGACAGAAAGAAGAAGUCUGCCCCGUCCAGUAUGUCCAGCCGGGGGAAAUCAUCCUUUGAAAUUGAGGAACUGCAAACCACAGGUUCUCCACUUCAUCAGCUUAUGGGAUAUUCUUCCCUGAGUCAAGUGAUAGAAAGAUGAGCGGCUCAUAUGUCCAUGGAAAAAACUAAGGUCCUGGAAGUGAUGACUAUUAUUUUUUUUUUAUUUUUAUUUUUUUCUGGUGUGGGUUUGUUGGGGUAUCUAUAAAUACCUAAACUCUAAUGAAGCAAAUUUUUUGGAAUCGUUAUGGCAUUGAGACUGUAGAGGAAUUUAAGAGAUCAUGGAAUUGCUGAUAAUUUUAGCUCAUGAAGUUUGAGAACAAAGAAGUCCUAUCAAAGCCUGAACUUCUGGGAUAUGAAAUUGAAUCACCAGGGAAUUAAAGUGUUUAGCUUAUUUCUGAAGAAGAGCUACUUCUAUUUCUUAAUGAGGCUGGACUUUGCAUGGUGGUAAAUUUGUUUCAGUACACAGUUCUUCGCAAGCGAGGGUAAGACUACAUGCAUGACCUUCGCUCCGAAUGGCAGGAACUUCAUACACUGUCCUGUCCUUUUUAGUAAGUUCCCUUCAUUUGUUCUUCAUAUAAUGUACAGUUCAUAUAUCAUUGAAGCCAUGGCACUAGGUUGUUUAGCAGAGGAGGAGCGAAAGUGUCCUUUUUUUUUUUCUGUUUCUGGCUGUGAUAAAAAGGGUAGAGUCGGGCGACCAAAUGUAGAAGCCCUUCAAAAGUUGAUUAUUGUAUAGAUAUCC